AUGGCCGGGGCGACUGUCGUGCCGAGCGCCUCUCCUCCUGCUGCUUCUUCUGAAAUGACUUCCUCAGUAUUGGGCUUCGAGAAGGCGGGGCCUUCGCGCGCUGCUGCUGAAGAGACGUGGAAACGGCUUUUAAAGAGUUGGCGCCGCGAGGAUACCAACACAAAGAAGAAUGUACAGACGGGGGGAACAAACAAACGGCGACAACAGAAAGCUCGGUCUGCUGGCUGCUUGCGGUGUCUGUGUGCUGCUGCAGGGGAAGAGGACUUGAUUUUCUUUCAGUUAGAUGUUGCGGCGGCGACAGCAUUCCGCCAUUCAGUGCCCGAGGCGAUUUUACAGCGGCCUUUGCAGCUGCAACAGGAGGCCCUUUCUAAUGGCGCGAGAUCCGCAGUAGCAGCAGCAGCAGCAAAUGCAGCAGCAACAGGUGUGGCGGAUGCUGCAGCAGCGAAUGGGGCAGCAGCAGUUCGCCCUCCCCCCAGCAUUCUGACUGCCUCAUCUCUGUCUGCAGCUGAGGCUGCGCGUGCUAACAGCACCUCCCCAAUGGUUCGGCUCUACGGUGUAACUGCUGAUGGCCGUUCGGUUGUUUGCAACGUCCACGGCUUCUUCCCCUACUGCUAUGUGGAGUGCCCUGGGCCUCUUGCUGCAGCGAUGCGUGCUGCUGCUCCUGCUGCUGGUGCUGGGGCAGGACAGGGCUGCUGCGGGUGGCAGCAGAAUGCCGUCACCGAGGCACUUCGUGCUGUAAUAGAUGUACGCCUUGUGAAGUGCAGCAAAACCUUUGAGAAGCGAAUCCUUGACGUCCGCGUUGAAGAGAAGGAGUCUGUGAUGUAUUAUUCUCCUUCGAAGUUGCAUCAGUUUUUCUUUCGCGUGACCGCAGCUUCGCCUCAGUUAAUCGGCAGCAUCCGCAGCUUCAUAGAAAGCGGCAUUCGACUGCGUUUACCUGAGGGCUUUGGGGGGGCCGCCGGUGGUGGAGAGGCACUGACACUCCCCAGCACUGCCUUUGAGGCCAAUAUCCCCUUCGUUCUUCGCUUCAUGGUCGACGCUCAAGUCACAGGCUGCUGCUGGCUUAAAGCAAAUAAAGGGAAGUACGUGGUGCGUCCCGCUUCUCUGAGGGAGUCGAGAUGUCAAGAGGAGGUGGAUAUACACUACAAUGAUAUCGAGGCCUUGCCACUGCAAGGAGAAUAUCAGUCCCUUCCGCCACUGCGGAUGCUGUCUUUUGACAUUGAAUGCGUCAAGGCAACCGGUCAGGGUUUCCCUGAGGCGCAGGAAGACCCAGUAAUUCAAAUAUCGUCAAUUGUAGCGGAGCACCGGCGCGAGCAAACACACAAAGAGAAAGCAGCGGGAGCAGGAGCAGCAGGAGGAGCCGCAGCAACAGGAAGAGCAGCAGAAGCAAGUACCGGUGAUGCUACAGAACAGCCGGUCUGUCGCGUUAUAUUUGCUCUGAAUGAAUGCGCUCCAAUUGCUGGGGCUUGGGUAUUUUGGUUUGAAGAUGAGGCGGAGAUGUUGAUUAAAUGGGCGGAGUUCGUUAGAGAGGUCGACCCUGACUUUCUGACGGGUUACAACUGCAUUAACUUCGAUUUGUGUUAUCUCCUCACGAGGGCAGCGGCCCUUAAGGCGGAAGGCGUCAACUCCCUCUCACGGCUGAAGGCGUUCGAAUCCCGCAUUUCUGAUACCCGCUUCAGCUCCAGAGCUCUUGGCACGCACGACAACAAGGAGAUACCGGUAGAGGGUCGCGUGCAGUUUGAUGUAUUGGAGCUUGUGCGGCGCGACUACAAACUGAAGAGUUAUUCCCUUAACUUCGUGUCUUCUGAGUUCCUUAAGGAGCAAAAGGAGGAUGUGCAUUACAGCAUGAUAGGGGACCUCUUUAGGGGCUCUCCUACAACUCGGCGCCGCAUUGCGGUGUACUGCCUGAAGGACGCCCUACAGCUGCACUACCUCGUGCCCUCUGUCAAGCGGGUAGGCGGCGACCGCGAUGAUAAGUACGAGGGCGCGACGGUGCUGGAGCCUCUCAAGGGUUUUUAUAAUAUGCCAAUUUCAACUUUGGAUUUUGCUUCUCUUUACCCUUCAAUCAUGAUGGCUCACAACAUCUGCUACAGUACUCUAGUCAAGGGAACGGACGUGCAGACGCUCCAACAGGACACCCUGACGCAUACGACUAGCAGCCCUCGCCACACGUUUGUGAAGGCGUCAGUGCGUCGCGGUGUACUGCCGAUGAUUGUUGAAGAGUUGAUUGCUGCACGGAAGGUGGCGAAGGCAGAGAUGAGCAAAGCAGAAGACAAAUUUAUGAAGAGCGUUCUCAACGGCAGACAACUUGCACUUAAAAUCACCGCCAACAGCGUCUACGGAUAUACUGGAGCUACGGUGGGGGGACAGUUGCCGUGUCUAGAGGUAGCGACAUCUAUUACAUGUUUCGGAAGAGAUAUGAUUGAAUAUACCAAACGAAGAGUUGAAGAACUUUACACAAAAGCAAAUGGAUAUGAACACAAUGCAGUUGUUGUUUACGGUGAUACCGAUUCCGUGAUGAUUCGCUUCGGCACGAAUUCAAUUCAAGAAGCGAUGAAACUCGGUCGUGAGGCAGCUAACAAGAUAAGUGGGGAGUUCAUAAGGCCAAUAAAGUUGGAGUUUGAAAAGGUCUAUUGUCCUUUCUUGCUGAUGAACAAAAAGAGAUACGCCGGCCUGUUGUAUACCAACCCUACCCACUACGACAAAAUCGAUUCCAAGGGCAUAGAAACGGUGCGACGCGACUUCUCGAUGCUGGUUCAAAUAAUGGUGGACACCGUACUAAAGAAGAUGUUAAUAGACAAAGAUGUAGAAAAUGCCAAGGCAUAUACACGCAACAAGAUAGCCGAACUCCUGCAGAACAAGAUAGACCUGAGUCUGUUGGUUCAAACAAAAAGUCUGGGAAAGUUGGAUUACGACACAAAACUCCCUCACGUCGAGUUGGCGAAGAAACUGAGGAAGAGAGACCCCGGCACAGCGCCCAACGUAGGCGACCGAAUUUCUUAUGUGGUGGUUCAAGGGUCUAAGGGGCAGGCUCAGUACGAGAGAGCGGAAGACCCUUUGUAUGUAUUGGAAAACAAUUUGCCAAUCGACACGCAACAUUACCUUGAAACACUUAAAGGGCCCCUCAUGCGCAUCUUUGAAGGCGUUAUGAACGACCCGGAAAGCCUCUUCAUCAAUCCUUGCAUAGAUAUUAACACUUCUUUUCUUCUUUUUCGCGCUCUUGACCCUGUUCCCAUUCUUCUAACAGCAUCUGUUCUGAUGCUUAUUACCUCUCUCCUGUUCACUGCAAUUGCCCUUAGAACAAUAAGUAUGACUCUCAUGGAUUCCUUCGACCCUUUUUGUUCUCUUUUUGUGUUCAGCGGUCUCCACACACUGAAGAAGACCUUAACGGUCUCCAGCCAAGGAGCCAUGUCGAAGUUCAUAAAGAAAGGAGUCCAGUGCAUUGGCUGUCGCGUUACGAUUACUGAAGGGGCUCUAUGCAAGCACUGUCAGGCGAAAGAGGGAACAAUCGCUGCGGCGAAGGCGGCGGAGGUUCGGGCUUUAGAGAAGGAACAUAACGCACUUUGGACAGAAUGCCAGAGAUGUCAGGGUUCAUUAUUGCAAGAUGUAAUUUGUAUUAAUAGGGAUUGCCCAAUAUUUUAUAGGCGGGCGAAGGUAAAGAAGGAAGUGGGGGCGCUGGAGGCGACCCUUCAGCGGCUACACCUCUCGAACGACUGGUGA